AUGUCUUACAUAGCUGAAUACCAUCCGCGUAUUAAUACAAUCACUGUCUCGGCCCAGAGGGAAACUCCCAUAAAAAGCAUCUCCAUCAAUCAUGGUCUAUGUCUUCUAGGAGAUCAAAACGAUAUCACUAAAUAUACUCUUCCAGCAGUCCGCGAUGACUUCACCCACAGUUAUGUCAUCACCAAAGUCAAUGCUACCCCAAGCUCUGACAUCAUUAAUGUUAGUAUCGAUGUAAAGAGUGAUCAACAGCGAUCUUCUCCCCCCACAAUCAAUUCCUUUGUGGAGCACCAAUUGAUAUCAAAAUGGUGUUGCAAGUAUCUACAAUUACAUACUCCUCAGGACGGUGUUACCCGGACAAACGAGUUCAGAUUUGUAUGUGGCCAAUGCUCUAAUUCUAUAAUUGAUUCUAAGGAGUUCAAAUUCAUGGAUAUGCCCUCUGAAUGGUGGCAUGAACUUAUGGAGUUUUGGCAUUGUCAUAAGCCUCAUGAUAAUAGUGACGGUGCUUUGAACAAUUAUAACGGGAUCUUAAAGCCAAAAUUAGGGUCUAUAAUUAUUGGAACUUACUACCUAUUGAUUAACAGUGAGCAACAACAUACUUUACCACUAAGCAUAGUAGCUGAAACUGUUUGUUGCUCCAAAUGCUCCUUUAAAUUAGGUGAAUACAACAAACAAGGUCAAUUCUUCAAAAUAAUGAAGUGGCAUAUCAACCUUAGUUAUAACGAUGGUACCAUUGAAAAGUUUAAACAAAACAUUUACUUAUAUGAUGUCUUAAUGGAUCGUCUUAAUAUAACUGCAUCAAGAUGGUUUCAAACAAAACUAAAUGAUGAUCAAUGGUUACAUCUUUGGUUAAUAAAUGUUGGUUCACUGGUAAUUAUUAAUGGGAAAUCUUUGACUAAUGCCUUAAAAUUGGGAUUCAGAAUUGACAAUAUGGAAUUAUCUGGUAGAGAUAAUCUUGAGACAUUGACAUUUGCUGAAAACAAUGCAAAUAUAUUGGCAGAUUUAUUAUCAACGGUUCAUGAAUGGAUUAAACCUUUUGUUCCACCAAUUAAAUCUUUAGAUGGGGAAUAUCAAAUCUCAUACUUGUCGCCGGACGACAUAAUUUAA